AUGGCUGCUGCAGUGAACUUGGAACUUGAUCCCAUUUUUUUGAAAGCACUAGGCUUCUUACAUUCAAAGAGUAAAGAUUCUGCUGAAAAGCUAAAAACACUACUUGAUGAAUCUUUGGCUCGGGGCAUUGAUUCAAGUUACCGUCCAUCUCAAAAGGAUGUGGAGCCACCCAAAAUUUCAAGCACAAAAACUGUUUCUGUUAAGCAAGAGCCCAAAACAUCAUCUAGUCUUCCUUCUGGCAAUAAUAAUGGCAAAGUCCUUACAACUGAGAAGGUAAAAAAGGAAGGUGAAAAGAGACCUGCUGAUAAAAUGAAAUCAGACGUCACUGAAGGAGUUGAUGUCCCAAAGAAACCUAGACUGGAGAAGCCAGAGACACGGUCCUCUCCCAUCACUGUCCAAACCAGCAAGGAUUUAGCCAUGGCUGACCUUUCCAGCUUCGAGGAGACCAGCGCUGAUGAUUUUGCCAUGGAGAUGGGAUUGGCCUGUGUUGUUUGUAGGCAAAUGACAGUGGCAUCCGGUAACCAAUUAGUAGAAUGUCAGGAAUGCCAUAAUCUCUACCACCAAGAUUGCCAUAAGCCCCAGGUGACAGACAAGGAAGUGAAUGACCCUCGCCUUGUGUGGUAUUGUGCCCGAUGUACCAGACAAAUGAAAAGAAUGGCUCAGAAAACUCAGAAACCACCACAGAAACCAGCCCCCACAGUUGUUUCUGUAGCUCCAGCUGUUAAAGAUCCAUUGGUUAAGAAACCAGAAGCUAAACUCAAACCAGAGACAACUUUUCUAGCAUUUAAGAGAUCAGAAGUCAAGGCAUCCACAGUUGUUUCAGGAAAUUCUUCUAGCACCAAUGUUUCCUCUUCAGCAACUAGUGGCCUAAUUGGAUGGGCAGCUUUUGCAGCCAAAACUACUUCUGCUGGUCCGUCAACAGCAAAAUUGAGUUCAGCAACUCAAAACAAUAGCGGGAAACCUGCUACCUCUUCUGCUAACCAGAAGCCCGUGGGUUUGACUGGUCUGGCAACAACAUCCAAAGGGGGACUAGGUUCCAAAAUAGGUUCCAAUAACAGCACUUCACCCACUGUACCAUUGAAACCACCUCCACCUCUCACUCUAGGCAAAACUGGCCUUAGUCGCUCAGUUAGUUGUGACAAUGUUAGCAAAGUAGGUCUUCCUAGUCCAAGUAGUUUGGUUCCAGGAAGCAGCAGCCAGCUCAGUGGGAAUGGAAAUAGUGGGACAUCAGGGCCUAGUGGAAAUACCACUAACAAAACCACUUCCGAAUCGAGCAGCUCUUCGUCAGCAUCCCUUAAAGGUCCAACUUCACAAGAAUCACAACUCAAUGCCAUGAAGCGAUUACAAAUGGUCAAGAAGAAGGCUGCCCAAAAGAAACUCAAGAAGUAA